CAUCUGAAUACUGUGAAACAUAUAAUCUCAUCGUCUAAAUGAGUUGCUUAGCAAUUCACAGUCCCUCAGCGAUGGACAGUGAGGACGACGGCUUGAAGGAGAGCCUUAGGCUGCAAUUCCAGGCCCUGCAGGAGCAGCAGGAGAAACGUCUACUGAAGCGUCUGGAGAAGAGGAAAGAAAUGGAGGUUGCCAUCGACCGGGAUGACCUGAAACUCUCGGAGCUGGGCACGGACCCAGCAGAGGAUCUCGGCAAAAGGUUACUGCAGGAUGAGAACGAACAGCUGCAGGACCAGGUCAGGGAGCUCCGCGACGAGAACGGCAGGCUCUGCAAACUGCUGAGCGAGAAAGACUUUGAGAUCAAACACCUGAAGAGGAAGAUGGAGGAGGACAGGCAGGUUUUAGCAGGCACACCUGGUAUGGCUGGAGAUGCAGCCGCCUCCAAAAUAGUCCAGCUGGCAAAGAAGAACAAAGAGCUGGCUGCCGAGAUUGAGCGGGAGAAGACCAAAGUGAAACAAGCCAGCAAGAGGGUCAAGGACCUGGAGCAGGAGCUGCAAGGCGCAUUGUCUAUUAGUCUGGCCUCUGGGGAUAAGAAAACAGUACCAAAGCCACUCCAUUCAAGGUCCACAGAGGAAUUCAAGCUGGAUAGUCCAGAAGUAAAAGCCCUUCAGGAGAAGCUGUCUGCGGCCAAUUUCAAAAUGACGGAAUAUCGUAACCAGAUCCAGGCAGUGAAACAGGAGCUGAAAAUAGCUCAAAAGGUGCUAACCAGCGAGGUUGGCGAAGAGGUUAGCAUCCAGCAGCUGCUGAGCUCUCCCGGGACGUGGCGCGGACGGUCCCAGCAGAUCCUGGCCCUGCAGAACCGGGUGCGGGAGCUGGAGCAGCAGCUGGGCCAGGCCACCCAGAGGAAGCAGCCAUCUGUCCUCAGCCUGGAGGAGGAGAUGCUGGGGCAGGGGGCGCAGCAGAGGACCCCGCUCAUACAGGACAGGAACAUCAGCCACCUCCGCACUAUGGAGCGCGACAGGAAGGACACUCUGGAGAAGGUCAGCGGAGACUAUGCUGCGCUGCUCAAAGAGCACGAGGAGCUAAAGAAGAAGCUGGAGGCGUCCAAGGCCCGAAACAGGGUCCUGAGCUCUGAGGUGAAGUCCCUCAAGGGCCAGGUGUCCACCUUGCUGGACAAGGGCAAGCAUGACGACGAACUGGUGGACGCCCUGCUGAAACAGCAGAAGCAGCUGCAGGAGGUGCUGGGGCGGCUGACCCAGCAUGGGUUGAAGACCAAGGAGGCCCAGCAGAACCUGGGCCAGCAGCUGAGCAGCGAGGCCCAGAGACACAGCUCCCUGGUCCUGCAGCUCAAGCAGAUGGUGUCUGAGAGGGAGGCCAAAGUCAGAGAGCUGGAAGAGGAGAUCCAGCAGCUGUCGCUGAAGAGACAGGAUGGUGAGGAAUUGGGUUCCAAGGCUGCUGGGUGUGGUUCCACACCUCCAACAACAGGUGGCAGUAAGACUGAGAGGAAAUCUUCUGCUCGCGCCGUCUCCAAGCUCGGCCACAAACUCGUGGAGUCGGCAGCGACGGCGCCUCCGUCCGGAACGGGCCCUGCGGUCGGGUCGCACGACUCGGAGAUGAAGUCCUUGAGGGCCCAGUGUGCGGAAUUCAAGGCUCUCUACCUGGCUGUCAGCGUGGAGAGAGAUAAGCUCAUGGAGCUGUUGAAGUUGCGCGAGACGAGGGAGCAAGAGGCCAAGGAGAAGUGCCUGGAGGCUGAGCAGAAACUCCAGGGGGAGCGGCGGAGAGCUGUGCUCCUUGAGCAGCAGCUGGAGAAGGCCAAGCUUUACCUGGGGAAAGGAGCCAUCCCUGGAAAGGCCACCAGCAAGGGCAAAACCGGUGUGUUGGCCAGCUGCACGGGGCUCUCUGUGAGCCAGACAGACCUGUCCCCAAGGAGUCCUUCAGGCCUAGCCACUGAGGUGCAAGUCAACGAACUAAAUACCAAGCUGGCCAUUCAGCUGGACGAGAACGAGGCCCUGAAGGCAACGCUCAAGAGCACGCUGCAGGCCAAAGAGGACGACCUGCGGCUGUACAACGACAUGAUGGGCCAAGUCAAGCACGUCUUCCUGCAGGCUCUGCGGCAGCACAAACAGGAGACGAGCGCGGACAGCUAGUACCUGCUACAGAUCAUCUCACCUGGGGGCUCAGAGGGCUUCUGCAGAGUCACAUUAGGCCAAUAAACAUAGCAUUUCAGAAGCAAGGCCCUUUGAUUCCCAACCACGGAAGUCUCAAAGUCCCCAGGUGCACGGUCCACCAGACGCAUUAACAACCUAAUGCAAUCAAUAAAGCUCUUUGAUUGGACCCAUGUCAUAUUCAAUGGAAAGCUAUUCCUGGAGAGGUAAAUUAGACCUGCUGUACCUCAAGGACUUUAAUUGAA